UAAAAAUCAUUAGCUAUUAAAAUAGUAAGUAUAAUCCAAAAAUAUAAAUAUUUUCCUUAAAAUAGUUUAUAAAUAUUCCACUUGUCAUUUAGCCUUUUCAAAAUCACAACUAAUUCAUAAAAAUCAGUCCUUAACGUGCAUGCACGUAAUAAUAAAAUUUUCUUAAUUUACCUAAAAAAAAACAACCAACAAAAUCAUUUGUAUUCCUUAAAUAUCUCAAAAAAAAAACAAAAAUAAAUUUGAAGUAUUCUUUAAACAAGAUCCUUAAUUAUCUCUUUCUAAUCUCUAUCUAAUCUUCUUACCAAAAAUUAUAAUCACAUUUUCUAUUAAGGUUUUCUAAUUUUAUUCGUUCGUUCGUUCAUUCAUCGAUUUGUUGAGUAUAGCUUGACGAUAUGGGGUUGAAAUCUUUGUUCAAAAUCAAGAAAAAAGAUGUCCCUAGUGGAAACCCAUUCGUUGUCAACGAUAAUCCAAUGUCUGUGAAUUUAUCGAGGGUAUCCUCGAUAGAUUCACGUGCAAGGAUCGAGGAGGAACUAGAACAGGUGUUCAAGAAAUUCGACGUAAAUGGUGAUGGAAAGAUAUGUUCAUCAGAAUUAGGGUUCAUCAUGGCUAGCCUCGGGAACCGUGCCACGGAGGAGGAGUUGGUCAACAUGAUACGUGAAGUGGAUUCGGAUGGGGAUGGGUUCAUUGACUUGCAAGAAUUUAUCGAGCUUAAUACUAAGGAUAUCGAUUCUAAUGAGGUACUUGAGAGCCUUAAGGAUGCAUUUUCGGUGUUCGAUAUGGAUAAGAAUGGGUCCAUCUCCGCCGAGGAGUUGCUAACCGUUCUCCAAAGCCUUGGAGAGGAUUGCAACUUGGCGGAGUGUCGAAAAAUGAUUAGUGGUGUUGAUUGUGAUGGUGAUGGGAUGAUCAAUUUCGAGGAGUUUAAGAUUAUGAUGGCAAAAGGUUCUCGAUUUGACGUAAAAGGAUGUUAGGAUUGUGUAAAUUUGAUUAGGUACUUUUAUGUGUUCUUUUAAUUUCGUGUGUUUGAAUCGAGAAGUAGAAUUUCAAACUCUAUAUAGAAAAAAGAAAGAAAGGAUAAUGGAGGAUGAAUAGUUGUUCUCAUUGUCGGAAAAUUGCUAAUUUCAAUGAAAUUCAUGAUUGAUUAGUCAAAUCUUGAAUGUUCGUCGAAAAUUAGCAAUUUUUUAAUAGUGUCUCUUUUAUUUUUAAUUUAUUGUUUUUAGAAUUUUUUUAUAUGUAGUACUUGUGAGCAAAUGGAAUUUAGAGGAUUUUAAAGAAUUGUUAGUAAAUUACUGAAAUUCCAUUUUAUGAAUAUUAUUGUGUUUGAUGGUAAUUGGGGAGAUAUAUACAUGGUUUUAAAUUUUCGUUUUCA